AAAAUGUCUGAUCAUCUUCCUCAAGAAUUGCUCGCAGAAAUUUUGUCAAGAUUGCCGGUGAAAUCAAUCCUCAUAUGCAGAUGCGUUUCCAAGACUUGGUACUCUUUAAUCACCAACCCUUCUUUCAUAGACGACCACCUCAAGAAAACCGCUGCAAGAAACAGUGGCCUACUUUUCUUUAGGUACAGCACCAGAGAACUUGUUUGGCCAUUUAAAGAAAAUGUGCGUUAUUUGCUAUACCCAGAUGAGUCUUUCCCUGCGAACCCUGUUGAAGAACUUGAUUGCCCAUUUAAAGGCAUAAAGCGUAUGGUUAAUAUAGUGGGUUCUUGUAAUGGGGUCUUUUGUCUAUCUGAUGAUGUUUAUGGCAAAUACACUGAGAGAGCUGCUUUAUGGAACCCUAGCGUUAGAAAGAUUGUUAACAUUCCUUGUCCAAAUUUUACGUUUACCUCAUAUGGACCCUAUAUAAGCUCACUUGGGUUUGGCUUUGAUUCCACUACUGAUGAUUAUAAGCUUGUGAGAAUAGUGUACUCGCAUUUUAACUUUGGUGAGAUUCGGCCUUUUGUUGAGAUUUACAGUUUGAGAAGUAGGGGUUGGAGAAAGGUUGAUAAUAAUCUGAAAUAUGUCAUCACUGCGCGCUCAACGUCUGCUUUUCUGAACGGAGCUUGUCAUUGGGUUGCCAAUAAGCUAUUUUAUGGGCCUGGUGUAUGCGAUGCGAUUGUGUCGUUUUCCUUGGGAGAAGAGGCGUUUGGAGAAAUGGAGGUACCAGAUUGUUUGGUUAAGAAAUACCAGUUUGUGGAUGUUGCAGUUUUUGAUGGAUCACUUCUGCUGGUUGCAUCUUUUAAACUGACUGGGGAAGGCUGUUUUACAGUUUGGAUGAUGAAAGAAUAUGGUGUUCCAGGAUCUUGGACCAAACUUUUCGAUAUUCCUGAUUUUAAAUCACAUUUGAAAUGGAUAAGAAAGUUAGUUGCAUUUAGGCAAAAUGGUAAGGUUCUAUUGGCAAAAUUAUUUGGACAGCUAGUUUUCUAUGAUCCAAAGACAGAAGAAAUCUUUGAUACAAAAAUUUGGGGCGAUGCACGCUCCUUUUAUUUGGAUACUUUUGUGGAGAGUCUUGUUUUACUCAAUGAAACAGAUGAAUUUACAGAAGUGGAAGCUUCUGAGGAUAAUGGCGCAAGUGAAAUCUUGGAGGAGGUUGCUUCUAGUUCUAAUUCAUAGAUUGUAAUUGAUGAAGCAAAUGGAGAAUCAAAGGAAGAAGCACAGGGAGAGUCCAUUUCUACACAAUGAAGCAAAUGGUCUUCUUGUGCUAGUUUCGA